GCAGUCGAUUGCUGCCCGCUAAGGCGUGCAACUCUCUAUCGAUCUUCUGUGCAUGAGCAUUCGACACAGAGAGUAUAUUCGACAUGUCGCUCCCCAAAUUUGGCCACUGUUCUCUUACGUCAUAGAAGCGUCAUAGCUUGUCAUAGAUUUCAUAUUUUUUGUGUACGUUGGUGUACAUUUCGUCAUGCAAAUCAAAUCAAAGAGUGGUAGCACAGUGAUAAUCAAUUUAUCGUGUUAAAAAUCAGACAGGGUAAUAACUUUUAUCGUAAAAUUGAAAUAUAGAAAACCAAACUUGUAUGCCUUGUUUUUAAUCCCCUUAGUAGUUUCAAUUAUAAGUGUGUAAGUACUAUUUCGAAUUCUCAUUUCAAUCCAUCCAUUGAAAAGAUAAACUUUGUUGUGAUAAGAACAUUGAUUAUGUAUUUUAUCAUUUAAGCUUGCAAAUUUUAACUUUUCGUGUUAACCCAUAUCCUGAUUGUGUAGACAAAAUGAAUAGUAUUGGAGAAAAUUGCAAUGAACUAAAGAAACAGUAUGACAGUUGUUUCCUUACCUGGUUUUCUGAAAAAUUCUUAAAAGGUGAAACAAAUGAUGAAAUGUGUGCUCCAUUCUUCAAAGUGUAUCAGCAAUGUGUUAAGAAGGCAAUCCAAGAGCAUCACAUUGACUUGAAAGUUAUAGAGCAAGAUCAUUUAGGUACAGAAAAUGAAAACAAGGUUCCACCAAAGAGCUGACAAUUGCAGAAAUAUCGAAUGUUGGGUUGGUUAUUUCCUUGCUCUGUUCCUCCAACCUCAUUUCUGUUUGGUUGUAGUAAGGAAAUAGAAUCCAAACCUCAAACUGAUGUUUCAGUUCAGAAACAAUUGUGAACUAAUAGUGUGGGCCACAUUGUAAGAAGAGGAGAAUGUGAUGAUAGAGGAGUAAAUAUGUUUUUAGCAUGUUUUUGUUGUGGAAUACAAGUUUAUGUAUAUAUGUGUGUGAAUUUAUUGUAGAUAUUUAAAUGCAAAAUUGUUAUUUAUGCAGAAUGCUCUUUUGAAUAUUAGAAGUAGUUCCCAGUAAUGCUUUUUCUCCUGUUUCUUUGACACUGGGUGGUUAAGGAAUUGUAUCUGAAUACAGUGGUAUCCAUUUCCAAAAUCCCUGGUUCUAUAAUAUAUUAUAUAUUAUUUCUUGACGUGUCAUUAUAGGUCAUGUUCAGUGCUUUUAUUUUAUAUAUCAUGAAAUGUCAAUGUCACUUCAUAUAUCACUUUACAUUUUCAGUUAAAUUGAUAGUUAAUGUGAUACACAGAGCUAUGAGUUUGCAGAAGUCUUGAAAUUAUCUGUUGACAGUUAAUAGUGUAGGUCAAAACGAUACAUUUUUCGUAGGAAGCUCAGUGGCCAAAUAUCUUCGACAAAAAAUAUUUAUUUUAGCAGUCAUGCAUGGCAUACUUAUUUAAUUGUUUGUUGAUUAGAAUGUGUUAGUUUGUGAUACACAUAUGGCUAAACAAAUGACAUGGCAUUAUAAAACAAAUGGCUGGUUUAAAAUAAACAAAACAUGGAGGCAACAAGAAUCAACAUGACUGUCACUUUGCAUUUUGAGAAUGAUCCCAAGAUUAUAUACUUGUAAGUUUUCAUGGAUUAAGGCUAAAAAAGAAAAAAAAACACAACUUGUACGAAGUUGUCUUUGGUGUACUCAUUUCAAAAUCCUGGACUUAACUGUUACAUCAGUUCAUCUGUCAACACUUUAUUUGUAUGCCAAAGACUCACUUUCUGUACUAGUUUAAUAAAUAACUAAAAAGUAACAAUCACAUAAUUUCAUUUAAUUAAAUAAAAUUCUCUGCAAUAUUAUGUUAAUUGUAUUUAUCAUUUCCUUUAAGGUAGUAGGUACAUCACUGUGUUGCUCAAAAACUACAGGAAAUAAAUUAUUGAUAUUUUCUUUCACAUGCAUUUACAAAAAUGAUUUGAGUCAAUAGAGGUUAGGUCUUGUAGUGUGCUGCCUUCCACAGAACUUUAUUUAUGCUUGGAAAAUAUACAUGUGGCACCAAAUGGAUUUAAAACCUCUCACUUAUAAACAUUUCCUUUCAUGAAAAUAAUAAUUUCAAAUUUUAAACAAAAAUUUGUUGUUUUAAACAAAAAGAUUCUUGAAUUUUCGUAUCACCUCAAAAAUCUAAAAGGUGACUUGCCAGUGCAUAUGAUAUUGCAACGACUUAUUCAGAAAUUUCUUGUGCAUUGCUCUAUGUAAUAUCAAUUAGCAAAUGUAUAUUACUUUUUGCAAUCAUGAUGGAAAUAAAAGAAAACACCUAUAUGUACCC